AUGUCGCAUCAAGGAGGAGCCGCGUACACCGUCGAAUAUGCACCCGAUUAUCGCCCACGCGAAAGGGAAAUUCACAAUGCGGUUUUCGACGCAAUGGGACGUCCAUUCAGUCGAAACGAAAGCAAUGGAAAAGGCGAUGUCAUGGGCAUCUUCUCGGGAAAGAAAAUUCGCUGGAAUCAUUUCGGCAAGAAAUACAAUUUGCGAAUCUCCGAAUACGAAUGGGAUUACUCCGAUAUUUUUGAUGCGCUGAUGAAGAAAAUCUACGAGGAGAGGUCGGAUUUUGAUGGAACUCUGGCUUACAUUGACAUUUAUGGAAGACAGUCAAUCAUCAAAGACGAUAAAUCUCUGCGUGAUGCGUUUACGGAAAGCAAAGGGAAAUUGAAGCUUCACACGACUCUCCCCGAGGGUGCCGUCAUUUCGGCAGCCGAUAUUGCGGGAAGAUCGAUGAGAUCACAGAGUGUUCCACCUGUUGUUGAACGUCAAGUGAAUGGAUACCAGACCUAUCCUGGCUCUCAAUCGAGAUCUCCAUCGUCGCUCGAUUCUGCUCCAGCACAUCUCGUUUCAAGAUAUUCACCACCAAGAAAUCGCUCGACAUCUCCUCAAGAGAACCAGGGAAUCGUUCAAUCACCCCCAUCAACUCUUCCACCAGGAGAAAAGGGAGCACAACUUCAACCAUGGCCUGUUGAAGCUCCCCCACCACCCGGCUACUACAAAGUGACCACCUAUCCAUCCAUGUACAGCCAAAAUCUUCUCUAUGGCAUGCCACCGCACAAUGGAAUGUUAUGGCGCUUCUUGGCCAACCCUUUCCCAUUCGGAUAUGGGAAAACGUGGGUUGGACCGAAUAAAUAUCACAGUUUCGGCAAUUUUCACGGUUUCUACCCGGGUUACGGUGGCGGAGGAAGAUAUAUGCACUCAACCUCGUGGGGACCAAUCUUC